AAAAUAGUAUAAAAGAGAGAAUCAACUUCAAAGGCGGUGAAAGAAACAGAAGGAAGAGAAAAAUAAACGAUUUAAUUUUCUGCAUAAAUAUUAUAUUUUAAAGAAAGGAAAGAAAGCAAAAGAACAGUCUUUGAAGGGAGGGAAAAAAAAGAUCCCUUGCCAUGCGAUUAGGGUUUGUUGAUUGAAAUUGAAUUGCAGCAAAAGGGAUUGUUGAACAUAUCGUUAAUUUGGGGGAAAAUUGUAGGGGUUCAAAAAGAAAUGGGAGGCGAAGGAGCUGAAAGGGAUAAACAAUGGUCGUCUCCAAACAAGGAUUAUAAAGCCAAAGAUGAUGACCCCAAACUUUGGGGAAUUUUCCUCUUUGGUUUAAUUGGCGCCACUGCAACCACUUUCGCGGUUAGUCAGCUGAGGAGAUCUGUUGAUUGGAUAUAUACUCAGUUAGUCAGGUCAAAAUCAUCACGAGGAGGAGGUUCUUCUCGAACAUCCUUUCAAGAGGAAGCAUGGAGAAGGUAUAAUCGCCGAAUGCAAGAAGAGCACGAAGAAGAAAUGGAAAGAGUGGAACGAAUAAGGCGGAUGCAAAGUGUGUUUAACAGGGAACGAAAUAAACACAAAAGGAGCUAUGAAACCUGGAAAGAAACUGGUCCCGGUGCUUACCAUCAACACUUUCAACGAGAUGAUUGGUAUUGGAAAGCAGAUGCAUCUUACAGAGAUCAAAGAACUAAUUACAGGCCACCUCAAAGAGAGCGAGCGAGCUAUCCAUUAUCACAUCACUACACGGUUUUAGGUCUUGACAGAGCCCGAUUGAAACCAUAUACUGAAGAUGAGAUUAAGACAGCAUUCAGGGCCAAGGCGAAACAAUUCCACCCAGAUCAGAACCAGGAUAAUAAAGAAGUUGCCGAGGCGAAAUUUAAAGAGGUGAUGAUGUCGUACGAGGCUAUAAAGCAAGAAAGGAAGAACACGAGGGUAUGAAAACUGAAAAACCGAGCUACUUUUCGACAAGAGUUGAGUAAGUGUGAAGUGUUAGAAAUAGGGAUGUAGAAUAUAUUUAAAACCCUACACUUCUUACCUCUACUGAUGGAUUGGAGUGCACACUCAGCACUGAAAAUCAUUUUUUUUUGUUGAGAGUUUUAACUCAGUUCAUAUAUUUCAUGUUGUAUUUCUAGGCUUUUACAUCUCAGAUGAAUAAUAGUUUUUUUUUUUUACCGAGAGCGAAUAAACCAGAGGGGGUGUGAAUUGUGAUACUAUUGUAUUUAUCAGAAGGCAUAACAUACCAUGCUUAAUUUUACAGCCCUCAUUGGAUUUCUUAAUUCAAUUGUAUCUUUUACUGAGGGUGAAAUUUUUGGAUAAUUUGAUAUUGUGUUUGAUCAAAGCAAAGCUACAUUUUCUCA